AUGUCUCAACUUAGGCCUUUGAUUAGACAGCAUGUUUGGUCUCAAAUUGGGAACGGUAAUAACACGUAUGCUUGGUUUGAUUUGUGGAGUACUAUCGGCCCGUUAUGCAAUUUUCUAACUCCUAGAGUUAUAACUAGAGAGGGUUUCUCGCUGAAUGCUAAAGUGGCGGAUGUUCAUACGGGGGGCUCCUGGGUAUGGCCGGUUGCAUGGAAGGAUACUUAUCCGGUGCUUAUACAACUAGAUCUCAUGCAAAGGAACGUGAAUAAUCAGGAUCGGUUGUUAUGGAGGGAUGGUGACAAGCUUAGCGAGUAUUCCUCUUCAGGGGUCUGGAAUUCGGUUCGGGCUAGGGAGCAGGAGGUGAACUGGGCGAGUAUUGUUUGGUUCUCUCAAUGUAUUCCUCGGCACGCUUUUUUGAUGUGGCUCAUUGUUCGACGAAAGCUUCUAACUCAAGAUAAGAUCUUGCAAUGGAGUUAUCCCCGAAGAAAAAAUAUGAACAUGAUGUGCUGCCUCUUAUGCUAUGAAAAUGUGGACUCGCAUGAUCACUUGUUUUUUGAAUGCAAGUUGUCCUCGGAAAUAUGGUGUACGGUCCGUUCUAAAGUUGGUAUGGAUAGUGUUGAGCCGCGAUGGACCGAGAUUGUGGAAUGGUUGAAGCAUCGGUCGCGUUCAAAAUCUGCGACAAACCUGCUUUGUAAGUUGAUAGCUGCAGCCUCUAUGUAUGUUAUUUGGCAGGAAAGAAACAAUCGCUUGUUCAAGAACCAUGCGAGGCCUCCGGAUAUCAUUUCUAAAGCUGUGAUUGAUAGUGUUAGAUACAAGUUGAUGGGACUCAGAUUCAAGAACACAAUCAGAGUUCGGGAGUUGCUAGAGCAAUGGGAGAUUCAUGAUGCUGAGUUACUUAUGGAGAACGGUUAA